AUGAAUGGAUACCCUGCUCCAGAUGACGAGUCCGACAGCUCGGACACAGCAGCCCUGCUACCCCCUGGUGAAAGCAGUCGAUCUACUUCACAUGUGCUACAUACGUGGAACUCCCAUGAAGGUGCUGUGGCGAGAAGGCUGCUGGAUCUGGCUCCUGUUCCGCAGCCACUGCCUCCUGCUGUCGUGCCUCCAUCUCACAGUGAACCAUCACUUCCUAGUGGUGCAAAUGUGGAAUACUAUCCAAUAUGGACCAAACCUACAGUUCCUGCUGUCAGUGGUAGUGGCUCAGUAUAUGAAACUCUUUACCCACGCACAGAACCGCCUCCUCCACCACUGCCGCCUCGCGCAUUUCCCCCACAAAAUGGUUGUUCGAAGCAUCACCGUCCACUAGAGAGAAUGUGCGCCUUACCGUAUCCUGGAGCGGGCCCCGGGUCGGAUCCACCAGAAGUGCCACGUCACAACAAACCUAAGACGGCCAGACACACAGCUCCUAGUCUGCCUCCUAAACCUAAGAAGAUUGUUAACCCAGAAGACACUUUUGCUUUUGAGAUUGUUGACACAGAUGAGCUUAAUCCUACAGUGACAGCUGUUACGUCGUGUUCUAGUCAUAAAAACGCACAACCUGUUUCGUGUUACAAUGGACACAGUGCUAGUGGACCAUUGACAAACAGUGAACGUGCUGUUUCUGUACGUAGUGUUGAUGAAGCCCAGCCGGUGAGACAAUCAGAUAUUCCUGUAGAGGAGGCUAAAAGUGAUAGUAGUGAGGCUUGCAGAGGAAAGUUUCCUCCUACUAUAAACUCGAGAGUUGGUGAUACUGCACCUGCCCAGGGUGAAGUCAGUGGUCCGGCACAGUCUGAUUUACAGAGAUCUCACAGACAUGAUGCUUUUCAUUUGGAUAGUGAAGGUGUAACUGGAGUUUCUAGCAAGAGGCCAACACAGCUGGCUGUAAAUGGGUGUGUGGGAGAUACUAAUAAUGAUAAUGAAGGGCAGACUUCAGCUGUUGCUGCACCAUUGGCUACCCCUGAGCAGGAUAGCAGUUUAGUAGACAGUUCCUCAGUUGAAAAUUUGCUUGAUGAAGAUGCAGAAGAAGAAGAGGAAGAUUCAGUUUUUUUACCACAGGUCAAAAUACCAAAGUGCUAG